CCGAAACAAAGUCUCACAAUCGGAGAUACUUGAGUACUUCUAACAUCGGGAUCAUCACCAGUGUCACCCCUCCAUCACUCCUCACGCAAGAGAAAUAUGCAGAUUUUGAACAUACACACCCCCCACUCUUCCUUUUCUAUACUGCAUUCUUUGCAGCAGGACAACGUACAGAUGCUAUUUGAAAAACUGAGCCGUAAAUCAAUUGGCGCUGCGAGGGGGAAACACGUUGGUCCUGGCUGGGUCAAAUACCAACAUGGCGGCUCCUACUGGAACUUAGACGAUGAGUCCGACUACUCUAUUUUCGCAUGGAGACACAAGUCAGACGCUCUGGGCAGUGAACCCGAAGUUACAAUACACAUGCAUGACCCAGACACACCCCUUCCUGUGCCUCCGGAGUUCCAGAAUCCUCACUUUUACACCUUCCUCCCUACCGAGCCUCCCGCCCCCCGCCCGUAUGCCAAGUCUCUCCGCAGUGUUCGCUCUCGUCGGAGUACCAGGUCCUUACCUGAUGCUCCGUAUAACGAACCAACCGGUGUGGCGAAAUUUAAGGCAGACUUUCAUCGGUUCCAUAGCGAGAACGGCGUCCGCACAGUCAGAGGGAGCAUCGGUCCAGUUAGUAAUGUCCGAAUGCUCUUGAAGAGCGGAUAUCGCCAUGUGUAUAUUUCUCGUAAUUUUGCCAAGCGUCAUGGUUUUAUUCCCGAAAAUGCCACCCCAGGAAUGUACGGAUACACUGGUCUGAUUUCGAUCGGCGAAUGGCCAAUUACUCUUGGUUCAACCACCACACGACAUCAGGUUUAUCUGUCCGAGGAAACUCAUUUCGAUGUCGUCCUCGGCCGAUCCUUCAUGGAAAAGCGCAGCGUCAAGGUCGACUUGUUGGAUUUCACACUCGUCCACUGCAUGGACACAGGUGAAAAGAUUGACUGCGAAGUUGUCAUCAUUCGCGAUGGCAAGGGAGAAUAUGUCACCGUUACAUAAAGACUGCUUUCAGGAUCUCAGGAUACUAUUAAUGCUUGUUACUCUGUACGCUGUUGACUAAUGAUACACCAAUGUAUGAUUUGGAACGAGCAUCACAUUCUCUCCGCUUUAAAUCGCGAAAUCCGUU